GGCUCAGUAUGCAGAGAGGGGAUGCAGCAGCCAGCAGUGGCUCUUUCCCCCCUGCUCUUUAUCCAUCUGCCCCCUUCCUCCCAUCCACCUUCCCUCUGUCCAGGCUUUCCACUAUCUUGCCACCCUACUGCAUCUCCUUCCCUCACCCUCUGCCUCGCAGAUGUUCCUCAGUGCAGAGCGGGAGCUGUGCUACGUUCAGCAGCCGAGCAGGAUGUGAGACAAGCAGCCGGGCCUUCAGGAUGACAGCAGGGCGUGUGGGGGAGCGUGAGCACAACAGCAGACAACGUCCAUCAUGGAGGUGGAGGGCACAGCGGAGCCGGCCUUCGUGGAUGUGGACCAGGGCCUGACUCUGGCCUGCAUUGCCUUCCUCUGCCUGCUGCUGGUUGCCAUGAUCAUCCGCUGUGCCAAGGUGAUUAUGGACCCCUACAGUGCCAUCCCCACCUCCACAUGGGAAGAACAGCACCUGGACGACUGACGGUACCAUGUACUGCUGUAUGACUAUGUUCCACCGGACCACCAUGUGUGACAAUACCAGCAAAGCCUCUGGUCUGAACAAAAGUAUGGUUCUCCAUGGGUUCUUUAGUGAGGCAGUGAUUCUGUAUGAAACCUUGGUGACUCCAUGGUCAAUCAGAGAUUCUCAAAGGAUGGAAAAGCACAAAAGAGUGCAUGAAAUCUCUUGGUACAGAACUUUUUUUUUAGAAGUUUGAAUACGCCAAAAAUGGUUCCGCUGUGGCACAAGAUGGGAGAAUAGUUUCCUGAUACUUCCUGGAACUAGGUCAUAUGGUACCUUAAAUAGGUUCUGUAUGAUUUCCAGAAGAAACUCUGGAGCGGUCAAGACAGAAGAAACUUCUGGCACUACAGGGAACUAUUUUCUUGUAGUGAAGAAACUCUGGAGUGGUAAAGACAGAAGAACCUUCUAGUACUACACGGAUCUCUUUUCUUGUGGAGAUCAAACUCUGAAGAGGCCAAGAUAGAAGAACUUUUUGGUUCUACACGGAACUCUUUCCUUGUAGAGAAGAAACUCUGGAGUGGUAAAGCUGGAAUGACCUUCUGGUACUAAAAGACCCUUUUCUUGGUAGUACCUGUACACUAGGCUUGUGCAUGAAUCCUUCACAUCCAGAAGGACAAUUAUUGGUGGGACAAUACAAAACCUUUUGCUUAUGUUUGUCCACAUAUGGAAUAAGUAGAAGAAGAAAGACAUUGUGGCCGUUGAUGGGAUGACACCACUGCAAACACAGAGUAAAGCACAUACACUUUUUUGCAUCCACGUACCUCGGGCCUGCCUUACAUUUGUGCCGGACUGACAGCACAGCCAUGGCAAGUGAAUGCCAGCCUUGACUUGACCGCACUUUCCCUUUAUGUUUUUACAAACUGGAGGAUGAACGUGAAGAGGAGGUGAGGCCCCACGACCAAAUCCUAAACGUCCUGGGGCAAAACCGUGGAAUCGGCCUUUGCACAAAACUGUCAGUGUCUCGACUGGAGACAACGUGUCAUUUUCUUACCACACAAUUUUGUAAAAGCCAAUGAUAUUGCUGCGAUAACAUGCAGUUAAUUAGUUAAAAUUUGAGUUUCCCUGACUUGCUGUUGCAUGGUCACUGCUCGUUUCCCCUGAUUACAGGCAUGUGAAGCUUAAACGCUUGCUAGAUAUAACACAAAAACUACCACUGACG